GUAGAUCAACAGUAAAUUUAUUUUCAGGUCUGAAUACAAAACAGAUCCUAGUUCCAGCUUCUGGUUUGUGAGAAUUUGUUGCUUUUCUUUGUCUUAUGUGACAAGAAACUCAAUGAGAACUUCAACGAUGAGACGAUUAGUUGAUACAACAAACCAAAUUACAGCCUUUGAUUUAAAUUUUUCCUCUGUUUUUCCAGGUCAGUUAACAGUGAUUGGUUCAACUCAGCCAAUCAUCGCAUCUCCAGGUGAUGAUGUCAUCCUGCCAUGUCACCUGAGCCCGGAGUUUGAUGUACAGGAGCUGACGGUGGAGUGGUCAAAACCUGAUCUGAAGCCUGACCCCUCUGAUCGCCUGAGCCGAGUCGCCUAUGUCCACCUUUACCGGGGCGGACGUGAAGUCCCCGACAUGAAGAACCCGGUUUACAUCAGCAGGACGGAGCUGUUCGUGGACCAACUGGAACACGGAAAUAUAUCACUGAAAAUCAUGAACGUGACUCUUGCAGAUGAAGGGAGAUUCAGAUGUUUGAUCCCCAAGCUGAAGAGCAGAGUGAAAUUUGCAAUUGUUCAACUAGUUGUUGAACCAAACUCUGAUAAAACCUCAACAACAGAGAUGCCACUAAAUCCCAGAAAUCUCCAAACUCCUGAUCCCAUGGAUGAGACGGACGUAAAAGGUGUUCGUGCCAAUCGGAUUGCUGUGAUAUUGAGUGUGGUGAUUUGCUGCAUCGUAUUAAUCGCUAUAGUCUGUGCAUAUUUAUUUAGACAAAGGCGUCAAAACCCAAAACAUGUGAAGUAUGACGAAGUUCAUGCUUCAAGCAAACCACUUCCAGCUUGACCCAAAGGCUCAAAUGCACAUUGCGGCUGAUAUAAAAGGAGAAGAGAGCGUUAACCUCACCUGGAUCUUUCUUUAAACCGGCCACAGAUGGACUCGCUGGAUCAGCAGGAGGUUGUUUCUACAAUGGAUGCAGGCUCCAGUCCCAAAGUCCUGCAGACCAACGUGUUCUUAACACCUGAAAGUCAUAGAUGGAGCCUGACUAGAAGAAUGCUGAUCCGCAAAAAGGGGAAAAAAAGUGACUUUAAAAGCGUCACCUGAAUUAAAACUGAUGGAUUUAUAUCUGAACACAUUUGAUUUAGAUCCAGAAAUGACUGCCUGGAGAAAUAAGAGGAACUGUGCCAAAUAUCUUGAUCAAGACCAGCGGCAGGACCGCUUUGCACCAGCCCGUGGAGCAAAAGACUCUAAAAAAUUUAAAACCUCAUCAGUUACUUCCAACUUUAACCGUGUUGGUUGACGAGCUUUCAGCAAACAACCAGACGUGACCUCAAAACAACCAACGAAAAAGAAGAGAAAGAUUUCAAUGCACCAAAAACGCUCUUUAUCUGUUGGAUUCUUACUGUCCUUCUCUGGAAGAGGAUCAUUAUUUAUAUUUGUAUGUUGAAGAGUCUUGGAUAGACUUUUUUUUUGUUUUGUUUGUAAGUUUAAAUUUCCUGGGACUUUGUUCCCCGGGAGAGACUCGCACUUUACUGCUGUAAAGCAACAAAA